AGAGACUUUAUUGAGCAGCACUACGUGGAGCUUAAGAAAGCCAACCCCGAAUUCCCCAUCCUGAUAAGAGAAUGCUCCGGAGUUCAGCCUAAAUUAUGGGCUAGAUAUGACUUUGGGAAAGAGACAAAUGUCUCAUUAAAUAACCUCAACGUUGACCAAGUUGCCAGGGCUCUGGAGUCUGUAGUUACCCGUAAACCAUGAAGGGAGACCCUAUUCGUUAUGGACAAGAUAUUCGCAGAAACAACAAGGAAAGCUGCCACCUUCCAUGGACAUUAAAUUAUAUUUACCAUUUAACACCAUAUAUCAAAAUAAAAUAAAAACAAAAAUUGCAA